ACAGACGAAACUAGAAACCCAAUAGGGAAGAAUAAAAAAGGCGAAAAAGUAUAAAAAAAUCAACAGAUCGAAGUGAAAAUGGAGUGCGUGUUUGGUUUAGUAGGCAAUGAUUUCGCCAUCGUUGCGGCGGACACAUCGGCGGUUCACAGCAUCCUCGUCCACAAAUCUAACGAAGACAAGAUCAUGAUCCUCGAUUCUCACAAACUCAUCGCCGCUAGCGGUGAACCCGGCGACAGAGUACAGUUCACGGAGUACAUUCAGAAAAACGUGGCUUUGUAUCAGUUUCGAAACGGUAUUCCUCUGACGACUGCCGCUGCUGCUAAUUUCACUCGCGGUGAGCUUGCCACUGCCUUAAGGAAGAAUCCAUACUCUGUGAAUAUCCUUCUGGCUGGCUAUGACAAAGAGACAGGCCCGUCUCUGUACUAUAUCGACUACAUUGCUACACUUCAUAAAGUUGAUAAGGGAGCAUUUGGUUAUGGAUCCUACUUCUCUCUAGCCAUGAUGGACAGGCACUACCACAGUGGCAUGACAGUGGAAGAAGCCAUUGAUUUAGUCGAUAAAUGCAUAAUGGAGAUCAGAUCAAGACUGGUCGUGGCACCACCAAACUUUGUCAUCAAGAUCGUCGACAAGGAUGGAGCAAAAGAGUACGCCUGGCGUGAAUCUGUCAAGGAUGCCGCCGUUGCUUCAUCCUGAAGAUAUUUUUCGUGGACUUGCUCUUCCGUUCUGAACGUUUAAUUUGCAUGUACCGAUAGGAAUCGUGUCUUGGCAACCAAAACUAGUGUUAAAAAAACUAUUUACCUAUUGACUUGAUUAUGUUCUUAAGUGGAAAAGGAUUUGGAAAUUUGAUGAUACUUUUUAUACUUGUUUGC